UAUUUGGGUGAAAGUGCCUCAUCUGCAGUUUCUUUUUCAUUUCUGCCUUUUCCCCAUUUUGCUGGCUUUUAACCAGGUCAAGGCUUUUCAUUUCCUCAGCAUAUAAACAGCACAAAGUAUUGCUCACUCAUCAUUGCUCCUGGGGGUUCAGGAGAGAGAACAAGAGGAACGCGUAAAGGGGACAGAAGGUCUAAAGAAGAAGAAAAUGGUGAUGAAGUCGAUAAUGAGUGUUUCUAUAGCUUUGCUUUUAUUUUUUUCGAUUAUGACGUUCACUGUCUCCCAUAUCGUUGUCCAUUAUACAAGCUCAGGGGGAAUAUGCGGAGAUACAUGUGGAUAUCAUGGCUAUGAUUAUACUUGGUGCAAGCAAAGUGGUGGCAGUGGGAAAGCUUGGGACUACUGUUCCUUAGAAGAGGGCCUGGAAGCUUCUGGCAAAAAUUGUGCCUCAUCCUGUGACUUCUGGGGAGAAUCUUACCGCUUCUGUUACUUAAGCGAUGGCAAGUGGAACUACUGUGGAUUGCUAGGCCAACGGGAACUCCUCGACUAUUCUCAGGACAAUGACAUGUGCAUCAAAGAUUGCCGAGUAACCAAAGGCUCUUUCCAGUGUGAUACAGUCCAUGGCCCUCAACGCUGCUCCCCUUUCCAUGAUGUGACCCCCACAGGUUUGCCCUGCCAUUAUCAGUACCGUUGCGCCAAAUAUGGACACCGGGUGUAUCGAUGCCAUACGCAUGACAGUGAAGGCAGAUGGGAUUACUGUGGGCGGAAGAGCCUGGAAAGGUGUGCAUGGGUCUUUACCGAGGGUAAUUUUUCCCAAGCAGAGAUCUGCACACUUCCCAACUCCCAAGAAGAAGGUAAGAUCAUCUUCCGCAGAGAGAGGAGAGACAAGAUGCUCCCUCCGACUAAAGAGGAAUUCAGAAAUGCUGCCCACCUUAUUGAUAAAAUCGCCUCUGUCACAAACCUCCCUGACUCUGGGGAUCUGACAACUGUGCAUUUCUACAAGCAAGAGAAUAUCAUCUGUAAGGGUGUCAAUUAUACCAAUGUGGAAUUGCAGAUCAGCAUCUCCAAUGAAACUUCUAUGCCUGUUGCCCAUGUCCUUUUCCCAAAGUUCCUGAACUCUGUUGCAAUCUUGCGCUUGGCAUUCUACACCAGCCUUCAUAGCACCUUUUACCUGCCUGCUUAUACCAUUGUUGUGUCUGUGGGUGAACCAAUGUUAUGUUCUACUGACCUGUUAGCAGAUCCUCUGCACACAUUCUAGGGAUUUCUGCUUCAUAUAUGGGUAGUUGUUGCUUUGCAAUGCUAAUACCACUUCAUUAAUUUGACAGCUCUGUCAUCUCCCACCUGCUUAUUGCAACAUUUCAGGUGGUUAUAAAUCUUCUCUUAGAAUAAGUCAAUGUUCAGUUGCCUAACAAUCACAUAUUCAAACAAAUCUUGCUAUUAAGUAUCUAUUAUGGACAACCUUAUCUGUACUCAGAAAGGGACACACAUUUACAAGAUGCGCUGGUUUUAGACCAAUGAUAUUUUUGUAGUAUUUGUAAUAUCUCAUAAUAAGAACCUCAUACUUAUUAACUUAAUAAAGAUCUAUUAUUGAAACAGA